AUGAGUACCACGCCGCACUUUCGAAUUGCAUGUGAAGAAUGCCAUAGUAGAAAGGUACGCUGCCAGCCUAGCUCAGAGGAGAGCCGCGGGCCCAGUCGAUGCGAAGCAUGCCGAAUCAAUGGCCGGAAGUGUUUGUUCUCGUUAAGAUCUAAAACCGGGCGGCCUCGAAACCAAACUACUCUGAACUCAGACUCUCGUUCCGUACCGUCGCCACCAUCGGCCCCAUCCUCUGUGGGGGACUUUACGUCCUUAUCUUCAUCGGGGUCUAGUCUUGCGCCAAUAUGGACGCAACAAGAGCCCAAUGGCAAUAACAGUAAUGCCACUCCACUGGACCCUCCACGACGUCGAACUCUCAGUCAUGCGCAAAGUUUCCCCGAACCGGGAAGCAAAGAGUACCAAUUGCAUAAUUGGCAAGGUUCAAUCGAGGAGCAACGAAACCAAUCACCUAUGACUUUUGGUAAUGCACAAGACCUGCCUGGUGUCCCUUCACAGGAUGAGCUUGGAAGAACAAACACUCCAAUGAAUCCGGAUGGGUGUUGCUCAGAUCAGCCAUUGAGAUCUCCAACGUUUUCUCCGCCAGCGCAGAGUACGUUCCCGACGGUGGGAACAUCUGAUCCUUUCGCAAGUCACUUUCAGGACCUACUGUACCCUACGAGGACGCAACAAGCACCCAUCGACUUUCCGAACCCAAACUCUCUGGGCAAUUACUUUAAAGGGCUAAGUCCCCAAACAUUAGGUUCUCCCCGGCCGUUUAUGGACAGCUUUUCGGGAGCCGCAAGUCCCCAGCAAAUCUCCGAAGGACUUCCUCCAGUGGAUUCCCGGAAGCCAGAAACAAUCUCAGAUAUCGUACAAACGAUAGAGCUCUGUAAUGAGCUGCGGAAAUAUGGCCAGGCCAUACCGAGAAAGAAUAUCAGUCUCCUCUCAGGCGCGGAUUCUGCGGAAGUGCACGAAAUGCUCGACUCCAUUGACAAACUGUGCAGCAAAGUCGGCACCUUCGUGCCGGAACAGCUUCACUCUCAACGGUUGGUAGACCAGCCUAGCUUCGUAUUUGUCUUUGCAGCUGUAAUGCAAGCAAUAGAGCAGACUAUUGAUAGGCUGGGUACUGUUUCUGAAUUUGAACAUGCGAAUCACGCGAAGGGAGGUUCAAUCGAUUUUCUCAGUUCGAAUAUGGACACGACAGGAAUGGAGGACCGAAGCUUCGUGCCAGCUCGCCGGCAUACAGAUACCGCGGGAUACGGCCAUCUCGCCAUUUUAAUCGGAGAUGACAUAUCAGGAACGAGUUUCCCACAACUCGAGAUAGAAAAUCUGCUGUCUCUCACCAGAUUAGACUUCAAUCUGUUGCGAAUGAAGUCAUUUAUUGCUCAUUUCGACACUUCUUUGGAGCUUUUAGCUGCAACUGAAUUUAUGUUCCGCCCAGCUGAAAGUGCCGCUCGACUUCUCUCUUAUCACCGAUGCUUAGAACGCAUAUUGGACUGUUCGAAGAAUGGAUGGUGGAAAUAA